AUUCCAUAAAAAAAUAAAAAAAUAAUAAAAGGGGAGGUUUCAAAUUUAGGCAGGGCGACUCUCUCUCUUUUCUCUCUUUCUCUCUCUCACGCCCUUUUGCUCUGCUGAGAGAGGAAGAGAGAGUAUGCGAGAGAAGAGAGAUGGGGUCUCUUGGUUCUAUUGCUUUUCUUUUUCUCUCUGCUUUCUGGCUUUCUCUCUUCGUUUUUUCACACGCUAACCAUGUCAACCAUCUCAGAGGUGUUGAUAUUCGAAAUCCUGUUCUAGAUAUUACUCCAUCACCCCUCUUUGGGUUUUCAAGUUCCCGUGGUUCUAAAGAUGUUUUAUCGUGCGAGAGAGUUCAAGUUUCUGGUAUUUCAAGAUUGGAACUUGGAAGUUUUGCAAGUUCACUAAGGGUUACCUUGUUGCCGUCUGUAGUAAUCCCAGAGAGAUUGCAUAGCAAAAUCCAGGUUUGUUUUCACAGGAAUGAUUCACUUGGAUUUUGUGAGUGUGAGAAGGAUGAGUGGAGGAGUCUUCAGAAAGGUUUAUGGAGCUCUGUUAUGUCGCCUUAUGACACUAAGUAUGCUGAUGUCAAGUUCAUUGGUGAUGUAUCUGGCCCUGUUACUCUCACUGUUGAAGAAGAUUUUCAGCGGUGGCGCCUAGUUUGUUUAGCAUUGGGGUUCACUUUACUAUUGUUUGCCCCAGUUUUCAGCAGCUGGGUUCCUUUCUAUUAUAGCAGUUCAAUGGCAGUAGGAGUUUUGCUGGUCAUUAUCAUUGUCCUCUUUCAGGGGAUGAAAUUGUUGCCUACUGGAAGAAAAAGUGUCUUCUAUCUUACCAUAUAUGGAUCUCUGCUUGGAGCUGGUUCGUUUCUUUUACAUCAUUUUUCGGUGUUGGUAAAUUCAAUCCUUGUAAAUUUUGGGCUGAGUGAAGAGAUGCACAACCCGGUCUCAAUUUUUUUACUUGUGGUAAUUAUUCUUGCGGGAGCUGCAUUAGGGUACUGGAUUGUGAGGAAAUUUGUGAUCUCAAAAGAUGGAAGUGUGGAUGCUGGUGUAGCUCAAUUUGUGAAAUGGGCAAUGCGUAUGAUUGGAACCACCUCUAUUUUGCAGAGCACACUGGAUACUCCUUUAGCAAUUGGGGCUUUAGUUUCUUGCUGGGUUCUAUGCAAACUAAUCACUUCCCUGAAGUCAUACUGGACAAUGCAUCCUUCGGAUGGUCAAAAUGGAAGUCCUGGGAUGCAGCAGGGGGGACAGACUUUGAAAAAGCAUCCUCGUGCUGAAUUUCUUAGCAGGUCCAGCCCACAGGAAAAGUUGUGGAACUCUCAAAGAAGUCCAUCUACUUGGCCUUACUCUCCUGUUAAAGGUGUGAUAUCACCAUCUUCUCAGAGACAAAAUGAAAAAGAAUACUAUUCAACUUACCACAAGAUGCAGAACCGGAAGAAGUUCACAAAGAAAGAAUGGGAUGAGUUUACACAGCAAUCGACACGGCAAGCUCUAGCAGAAUGGGCAGCAUCUCCUGAAUUCACUGACUGGGUAAUUGAGCAUGCUGAUAGAAUACAACUUGUACCAAGUGAGAGCUCAGAUGGUGAUCUGGGUAGUGGAUCAGAUUCUACUGACGAAAAUGUGGUGGGAAGUGGAAAUCGGUUUGGUUUUCUUAACUGGUAACAACUGGAGCAUGCAUGGGUGAUCAUACCAGACAGUUGUGAAGAGAACUCAUUGUAUUAGGGGUAUGGUGACAGUGAUUGAAAUAGAAGACCAUACUAAUGGGGAUUUUUUUAUUGAAGGUGCACAUGUUAUCAGUGCUAGGAAGUUGGAUAGGAAGGAAAAGAUAGUCAUUUUUCAUUUUAUUGACCGUUCAGGCGUAGUUGUAAGAGCCUCAAUAGGCAAUUUUGCUACAACUUUUCUAACAAUGUCACAGAUGCUCUGCCACGUUUACUCCUAUUAUAUUCAAUGUAAUUUCCUUUUAUACGGAUGAGGCAAAGCAUUUAAGGUGCUGUAAAUAUUUUAAGUAGUGUAUUCAAAAUAUUUAGUGGAGGUGUUUACAAAAUGUCCACAUGUAUCAAGCAGCAUCCUAAUUAUGUUGAUCUUUUAUUUGUUAA